AUGAUAAAGACCGACAACAACCACAACCACUACAACUACAACAACCACCACAACGACUACAACGACAACAACUACCACCACUACUACUACUACUACUACUACUACUACUACUACUACUACUACGACAACAACGACUACGACGACUACGACGACGACAACAACCACCACCACCACCACAACAACAACAACCACAACGACAACAACAACAACAACAACGACAACAACAACAACAACGACUACAACAACAACAACAACAACGACGACCACAACAACUCCCGAUCCAUGCCCUGUCAGCCCAGACCCAUGCAACGCAGUCAGCAAUAUUUCAAGGGAGAGCAUUGUGAUCGAGUCUGUGUUCUAACCAACAACCGUUUGGACAUUUCCAUCGUCAUCGACACUUCUGGUUCUCGAGUCUCCGAGGAAGCUGGAAUUCGGGAGCUGAUUCAGUAUCUUGUUGAUAAUUUCGACACGCAAACCGCAGUUAAAUUCUCCAUCGUCGACGUCGGUGACAGCCGAAACAAUCAACUCAGCGUAUCAUUAGGCCCCGCAAGUUUUAAUACGAACAGUGCAAUAAUGAAUGCCUACGAUAACAACUUGGAUUGGUACGAACAAACUACUGCUAUAGGCGGCGGAAUGACUCUUGGCGCACAACAACUGGACACGAAUGAUGCGGUUCCAGACGCAAUGAUUGUUAUUACUGAUGGCUGGGAUGGAGAUCUUGCGGCGUUGCAAUCAUCGGCGGGCGCAAUCAGCGCCUCUGGAAUAACAACUCUCGCUGUUGGCUACGAUCCAAGUGGUUUCGUCUCGUCAAGUACUCUAGAAGACAUCGCCGCUGGAAAUACUCAGAAUGUAUUUACAGCCAUUGACCAAUCGACCUUGGACGCUCUUAAAACUCAGAUGUUUGACGCACUGUGCGGAGUUACUAGCAGAAGGAACGGGGCUAGACCUGCGUCAAAAGUUAUGAAUGAUUGA